AAAAAAAGUCGCCGCUAUUCUCCAUGGCGAGUUCUGGUAGAGCUAUUUUAUUGGGUAAGCGAAAGCCGGAAGAUGAACCAUUUCUGAGGAAACAUAAAGACAAGGAAACAACAACGGAAGGAUUUGCCGAUAGUCUCCAGCAGAACCAAGUAAGGGUGAAGUUUUUGGAGAAAAAGAAGUCUGAUGAGACUAAUUUAGUCGUAGCCAAGGAGACAGUGGUUGGACUUGAUGAAACCGACAGCGAUUUCGCUGAGGGAUUCCUCCUACUAAGAAAAAGGAGGACAGUCUACGUAGCAAAUCUCUCUCACCAAACUGAAAUAUCAGAUAUCAUCAAUUUCUUUGAAGGUGUUGUUCAUGUUCGACUUAUAUUACACCACAAGAAGGGCAAGCAUGUGGGAUUUGUUGAGUUUGCUUCUGUUGUGGAGGCAAGGAAGGCUGUGAAAAAGAAGAACGGUAAAGUUUUGCACAAUAGCAAGAUUACUGUUUAUGAAACUCCCGGUUUUGUUGAGGAAGCUACCGAAGCCGAACCCAAUAAAAAGACUCUCUUUGUUGCCCAUUUCUCUCGCCAAACAACUGAGAUAGUAUCAGACAUCAUCGAUUUCUUCAAAGACGUUGGAGAAGUUGUCCGUGUUCGACUUGUGUUAGACAGCCAGGGUGGCCUUGUGGGAUGUGGCUUUGUUGAGUUUGCUUCCGCCGACGAAGCAAACAAAGCGCUGCAAAAGAAGAACGGUGAAUAUUUGCAUGAUGACGAGAUAUAUCUUGAUAUGGCUGACAGGGAAGCUACAUACCUUCCGCCACCAAGGUAUUGCAUAGAUCACAAGGUUUGGUACCAAGAAGAAGACUACCUUCAACUAGAAAGCCCACUCGGCUGUUACGUUGAGGAAGUUCUUCUUAUUGCCAAUCUCUCUCCCCAAACAACUGAGAUAUCGCAUAUCGUCCGUUUCUUCGAAGAUGCUGGAACAUUUGUUACUAGUGUUCGACUCAUCGUGAACCCCGAGGGUAAGCAUGUUGGCUUUGGCUUUGUCGAGUUCGCCUCUGCGUACUACGCAGAGAAGGCGUUUGAAGAGAAGAACGGUGAGUAUCUGCACGAUCAUAAGAUUUUGUUGAUGAGAGGAUCUGAUAAAACUCCCGGUUUUGUCGAGGCGGUAAAAAGUAAGACGCUCUUUGUUGACAACCUCUCUAGCCAAACUGAGAUAUCACAUAUAAUCAGUUUCCUCAAAGGUGUUGGAGAAGUUGUUCAUGUCCGACUCUUUGUAGACCGUCAGAGUCACCUUUUGGGCUAUGGCUUUGUCGAGUUUGCUUCGGCUACCGAAGCAAAGAAGGCGCUGGAAAAGAAUAACGGUGAAUAUUUGGAUAAUAACGAGAUUAUUGUUCUUGAUGUGGCUGAAAAAGGAGCUGAAUACCUUGUGGGACAAUCCAUGUACUGCAUAGAUCACAAGGUUUGGUACGGAGAAGAAGAUGAUGUAAAAGGACUUGAUGAUGAAACUCCCGAUUUUUCUGAGGAAGUUACCGUGCGAGACAAGACUGUCUUUGUUGACAAUAUCCCUAACCACGUUAGAAUGGCGAGUCUCAUCAGAAACGUCAGAUUUGCUGGAGAAGUUGUUCGUGUUCGACUUGUUGUAGACCAAUGGGGUGAGCGUGUUGGUUGUUGCUUCGUGGAGUUGCCUAGUGCCGAGGCAGCGAAGAAGGCGGUGGAAAAGAAGGAAUCUAGUGGACGUUUUCUUAACGUGGCUGAGAUAGUAGAUCCAUACCCUUUCCGACUUACCAAGUACAACGACCUUGCCGAGAAGUUGUGGUACGAAGACAACCUUCUGAGGAAACACCUUCCAAGAGGAAUCGUUCCCAACAACAAACCGAAUCCGUGGGAACAGUUCAGUGGUAAGAGGACGACCUUCUGAGGCGAUGAAAUAAGCUGAAGAAGCUCUUGGAUGCAAUGCACUUUAAGCUAC